CACCACGUUGCAAAGGCGCAGGAAGUGACGAAAACAGCGUUUCUUGUCGAAGCAUACUUGUGGAGUCCAAGCUUCUUAUUAGUAUGCAUCGGCCUCGUGGGGGUGCACAAAGUGCGCCCUGUGCAACUUCUUUCGCUUCCCCCGUCAUCAGUCCCCCUGGCAGUAAGUGACAUACGAAGCUCAUAGCUGCUCAUACCUUGGUCGUGGUCAUGUCGGUACGAGCUCGAGUAGCCCGCGCAUAUUACUUCCUCCAUCAUCUCUGGGCAAUUGCCAUCUUUCGUAGCUGGCGCAUUCUCUUCUUCUUCGCAUUAUGGGCGACUGCAGUCUGCAUCGUCAACUACCACGUUCACAGCCUGGCACUCCAGCCAACCCUCCUCACCGUGCUCGGCACUGUUCUAGGUUUUGUUAUUUCAUUCCGCACAACGACAAGUUAUGACCGGUACAACGAAGCGCGGAAGCUGUGGGUUCAAGUCAUCUAUGCCAGUCGCAUGUUCGCCCGAACAGUGUGGUUCCAUGUUCCGUCGAACGCCAUCGGCGUGAGGGUUGAUCCCGCAGACGAGACACUGUUGAUCGAGUGUCAGGCCAAGACGCUUCUAGAGAAGAAGACAGUUAUCAACUUGCUCGAGGCAUACGCCAUAGCUGUCAAGCACUACCUGCGCAGGGAAGAUGGGAUUGAGUAUGAAGACAUCAAUCCUUACGUCAAGUUCCUCCCCAAGUACACUCUACCCUCGAGCAUUUCACCCCACUGCGGUACGAUGCACCACUGGCCACCGAAGGACGAAAAUGAAGCAGAAAAGGGCCAGCCGGGCCUUGAAUGCAGUCGCCGCGCUACCUACCCGCGGCACCGCGCACACCAACAGGACUCCUCAUUUACCUCCGGAACCACAACAUUUGUAUCGAGUAACCCUCACCACUCACCGGAGAACGAUUCGGGUGGGAAUACUCAAACUUUAUUACCUGCCGAGAACCCCCCCGAUCGUUCGUUGACGGGUCUAUGCACCCAUAUGUGGCGGAAGAUAUGUCAUACGGAGUCCUCACCGCGCCGGCCAAAGCCCCGAAAGAAAGAGCGUGUUGAUAACAUCCCUCUAGAAAUAUCCUUCUACCUCAGCUCGUACAUUGCCGCUCUGGAAGAGCGGAAUGACAAUAUUCACCCCAAGAUCGAACCUCCCACGAUGUCACUUCUGCACACUUCGCUAUGUCAACUGAUCGAAGCUCUCACUGACAUGGAGAGAAUUGCAACCACGUCAGUCAUAUACUCGAAGCAUCUGUGGUUAUUAACGAUCAUCUACUGCCUUCUGUUGCCAUUCCAAACCUUGUCUACAUUGGGCUGGCUCACAGUACCCGGUACCGUCCUUGCGUGUUUUAUGUUUUUCGGCUUCCUUGUAGCCGGUGCGGAGAUUGAGAAUCCGUUUGGUUAUGACAAGAACGACCUGAACCUCAAAGAUUUCGUCCAUAUUAUCCACGAGGAGUUACACUCAAUGACCUCGCGCCCCACUCCGAGACCCUCUGAGUGGGUGUUCUGUAAGGACAACAAUCGCCUCUUCCCAUCCUGCCCGAAGGGUGAAAUAGUUUCACCUGAAGAAUGGUUAAGGAGGGGAAGUGAAGGGAUAUAUGAGGCGCUCGGCAGUCAUGUCAAGAACUGCGGCGCCCACAGAAGGCCAGCCUGACCUGCACUUACUUAAGUGAUGAUACGUGCAGCGUGACACAUACGUAUGGUGGCGGAUGUGAUCGUACGUAUAUAGCACGUCCAAGAGGAUGGUUAUCCGAGUGAUAUAUAUUUUGCUAAUAUGGAGUACUCUAUCAGUGUUGUA